AUGUGGGCAGAAAUUUCAGAGGAGCAUGAGAUUCCUCAGAAUUAUUCCAUCGAGGUGGAGGCCGCCUUCAACCACCUGGUCACCUUGCAUGGGCCGGCCUCCUACACCCGCCUCUCUCUGGGCUUCUAUUUCCACCACAGUGACAUGGCUCUGGAGGGCUUGGGCCACUUUUUCCGCAAAUUGACUGAGAAGAAGCAGGAGGGCGCCAAGCCUCUCUUGAAAAUGAAAAGCCAGCGCAGCGGCUGUGCCCUCUUCCAGGACGGGCAGAAGCCAUCUCAAGAUGAGUGGAAUAAGACCCAGGACACUAUGGAAGCUGCCAUUCUCACGGAGAAGAAGCUGAACCAGGCCCUUUUAGAUCUGCUUGCUCUGGGUUCUGCCUGUGCAGACCCUCAGCUCUGUGACUUCCUGGAGAGCCACCUCCUAGGUGAGGAGAUGAAACUCAUCAAGAAGAUGGGCAACCACCUGACUAACUUCCGAUGGCUGUCUGGCCCCCAGGCUGGGCUGUGCAAGUGUCUCACCGUCCAAAGGCUCACCGUCAAGCAUGACUAA